AUGGCUCAACAAAAUAGUUCAAGUCAAAUGGAAAAAUCUGAUAUCCUUUCUGCAGAAGAGUUGGAAAAUACAGCUACCCAAGAGAAGUCAAAGAAAUCGCCAUCAAAUAAAACAAAAUUCGAGAAUCUAGGAGCACAAAAUGAGAACGAAUCGACAAAGCAAAAAUUUGAAAAGUCGCCGGCUCAAAUGUUGCAAAAAACUACAACAAAAAUCCCCGUAAAAUCAGCUGGAAAACAGUCGAAGAAAAAUAUGGAUAAUUCUGCAACAAAGCGAAAUAAUUCAAGUACGAAUGCACAAGAGGAAAAUAGCUCAAAAACCGGUGAAAACAGCUCUAAAAUCGGCCAAAAUAGCUUUAAAAUUGGUCAUAAAAAAAGCAAGACAGCGCCAUUCAUUUCGACAGAACAGGAGGACGGGCAGUCGUCUGACGUUGUUUUAAAAAAUCGUAGGAUUCUUGAAAAUGAAUUAUUCGAAAAGACGAAGCACAUCGAAUCGCUUCAAAAACAGUUGAAUGAUUUAAAAGUAGUUUACGAAAGCCAGGGAAGUUCAACAGACAACGAAAUCAAUGUCAACGCAAAAUCCCAAGAAGAUGCAACAAAUUCUGAAAUCGAAGGUCAGUUAUUUUUGGAAUGGAAAUGUAUCGAUAAUAAAGUCGGUUUUAAAUACUACACAUUCCCAAAAUAUCUGGUAAAAAGGCUUUAAUGAUCUCUUCAUAAGAACUGAGCCUUGUUUUGUGCAAAUACCGGUACCAAAUAUGUGAAAAAUUUAAAUUAUUCUUUAUUACUAGUUUCUAAAAAGUUGCUAAUUAUUCCCUCGAGGCUAGGCGAAGCUUACAAAAAAGAACGCACAACAAAUUCUACAUGCAUUUAAAUUUGAAUAUGGCAAAUAGUUUGAUUCAUGAAGCUUGCACUGAACAGGAAUAUUUAACACUAGAAUUCACAACUAGUUCCUUGUAAUUUCCUAAAAAGUACAGACUACAAUUGCAUUCGUAUGUAAAAACUCUAAAGUCAAUUUGAAGUAGAAGCAUAUGACACAUAACAACCGUUUAAUUUAAAAGACGAACAAGAAUAAAUAUAAAUAAGAUACAAAUUAAGGAUAGAAUAUAUGAUGAAAUCACUUUAUUCUUCAGAUAAUUUCUGCUCUAGAACAACAGUCUUACUUGUCCAACGGAUGUUGCUUCGAUCCUUAUAUGUGACAACUAAAACGCCGGCCGCAUUUGAUGGACGUGUUUUGAAUUGAAGUGGACAAUUAUAAAUCAAUCCAAAACUACGUCCAAAAUCGUUUCAAUGUUUAGCUAACUAUAUUCACUACGGGUAAACUAAUACUAACGAUGAUAAACUAUUGUUUACUUACCAUUAAUAAUUAUUCGGCGGGGGUCAUUCUGCUAAGCGAGUUUGGUUUAUAAAACUUUAAAUCUCCCUCGGUCUGUUUCUGGCUUCUCUGCCAAUACUGCCAUGAUGUUUUGAAUGUCGUCGUAAACUGUCGUGAAAUUCCGAAGCACGAAGGGGAACGGAGGGGGGUACACACGUAAAAAUCUCACAUCUUGUAACAAGUCUGCCAACAAGCCGUCAACAAGAUAUAUCGCACUGCUUGUUACAAGUUUUCAACAGGUUUGGAACAACUUGUUGACAACUUGUAAAAACUUUGUCGAAAUUAUCAGACUUGUUGCAAGGUUGUUCUGACAAGUCCGUUACAUGCUUGAUGUAACAAGAUUGUUACAACAUUGUGUUGACAACCUGGUAACAUCCUUGUUAUAUCAUUGAUGUAACAAACUUGUUAGCACAGUCUUGUAACAAGGCUGAUAAUGCCAUCAAGCUUGUUACAAGUUGUUAACAGCUUGUUCCAAACUUGUUACAACAAACUUGGAACAAGCAGUGCGAACACAACUUGUUGACAGCUUGUGAACAGACUUGUAACAACUUGUUUGCAGACUUGUUACAAGCUGUGCGUUUUUACGCGUGUAGUUGGGAGAAUCUACUACACACGUAAAAACGCACAAGUUGUUACAAGUCUGCAAACAAGUUGUUACAAAUCUGUUCACAAGCUGUCGACAAGUUGUGUUCGCACUGCUUGUUCCCAGUUGUUGUGUCAAGUUUGGAACAAGCUGUUAACAACUUGUAACAGACUUGAUGGCAUUAUCAGACUAAUUGUUACACGGUUGUUCUAACAAGUCUGAUGCAGUCAUGAUACAACAAGAAUGUUACAAGGUUGAUGACACAAGGUUGUAACAAUAUUGUUAUAUCAUGACUAUAUCGGACUUGUUGGAACCUUGCAACAAGUCUGAUAAUACCAACAAGCUUAUUACAAGCUGCUAACAACUUGUAACAAGCCUGAUCGCAUUAUCACACUUUUACAAGGUUGUUCUAUUAAAACAAGUCUGAUACAGUCAUGAUAUAACAAGAAUGUCACAAGGUUGAUGACACAAGGUUGUAACAAUAUUGUUAUAUCAUGACUAUAUCGGACUUGUUGGAACAACCUUGUAACCAGAUAAUAUCAACAAGGUUGUCACAAGUUGUUAACAACUUGUCCCAAACUUGUUGACAACGUCGGAUCAAGCAGUGCGAACAUAAGCUUGUUGGCAGUCACUUUGAGGAGGGGCCUGCAGAUUCAUUAUGACGUCAUAAUAUUAAAGAUCGAUGGAAUCAUGCGUGCGUGCGCGUAUAUUGCAUUUUCGAACUAUAGGAUUUCAAAUUGAUUCCGAACUGAAAUUGAUAUUUGUACGGAGAAAAUAUAAUGAAAAGUAAGUACGAUCAUUGUUUAUAUAAUAACUACAGUGAAACACGCAAUUUGAUUGGUCAAUAGCCGUGUCGGAUCAGACUAUCCUGCAUGAGGAAUUAAAAUGCCUUCGCAGGGUUUUCGCGGGAUUCUCAAAAUGUCAUUGUUUCACUGUAGUUAUUUUAUAAAAUAAUUACCAAAUAGUUUUCCAAGCAGGAUAGCGUGAUCCAUACACUUGGGAUGUUGCUCGACCUUCGGAAAGCGUAGAAAUACACUCGCCUGCGGCUCGAGUAUUUUUACGCUUUCCGAAAGUCUCGCGACAUCCCUCGUGCAUGGAUCACGCAAUCCUGCACGGAAAACCAUUCGGUAUUCCUUUAUUCCUAGCCAUGUUGGACAAACCAGGAGACACUGUCUCCUAGCCAUGUUUCCCAUGGCCCUGUAUCAAUGGAAAGAUCUGAAGCCCAAAUGUUUUGUGUUCCAUUCAACAAUUUGACCGUUCUGACCAGUCUGGCGGUGUUAAUGGAAAGCGCCCCAUGUUUCCAAAAGGUGGACAAACCAGGAAACAUUGUUUCCUAGCCAUGUUUCCCAAAGGUGGACAAACAAGGAAUCAUUGUUGCCAUGUUUCUCGAAGAUGGGCAAACAAAAAAGCAUUGUUUCCUUGCCAUGUUUCCGAAGGUGGGCUAGCUAAAUAUUGUUAAUUUUGAUAGACUUGGAAAGAAAAGUUAAAUUGCUGUCAGAAGAAAACUACGAGCUGCGUGAAAGAUUGCUGAAGAAAGAUGUCGAAAUAGAGAAACUGAAGACUGAGGAACCGAAAGCACAAGAGAAUAUCAUCAACAAGAUUUUAAAGAAAGAAAACUGUGAACUACAUCAUGAAAAGGAACAACUCAAACUCGAACGAGAUAGACUACGACACUUGGUUAACGAGAAACAAGACAAAACCGAAAAACUAGUCACAGGUACCGAGAAAAAAAUCUCGAAUGUUGUAGCAAGUCUGCCGACAGGCCGUCAACAAGUUGUGUCUGCAAUACUUGUCCCAACUUGUCAACAAGUAUGGAACAACUUGUUAACAGUCGUAACAAGCUUGUUGAUAUCAUCAGACUUGUAGCAAGGUUGUUCCAACAAGUCCGUUACAGUCAUGAUAUAACAAUAUUGUACAAGUUGUUUAAACAGCUUGUAACAAGCUUGUUGAUAUUAUCAGACUUGUAGCAUGCAAGGUUGUUCCAACAAGUCUGACACAGUCAUGAUAUAACAAUAUUGUAUACAAGUUGUUAACAGCUUGUAACAAGCUUGCUGAUAUUAUCAGACUUGUAGCAAGGUUGUUCCAACAAGUCCGAUACAGUCAUGAUAUAACAAUAUUGUAUACAAGUUGUCAACAGCUUGUAACAAGCUUGCUGAUAUUAUCAGACUUGUAGCAAGGUUGUUCCAACAAGUCCGAUACAGUCAUGAUAUAACAAUAUUGUAUACAAGUUGUCAACAGCUUGUAACAAGGUUGUUAAUAUUAUCAGACUUGUGGCAAGGUUGUUCCAACAAGUCUGAUACAGUCAUGAUAUAAAAGUCUGAUAAUGCCAUCAAGCUUGUUACAACUUGUUAACAGCUUGUUCCAAACUUGUUACAGCAUCUAGGGACAAAACACAGCUUGUCAACAGCUUGUGAACAGACUUGUUUGCAAACCUGUAACAACUUGUACGUAGUUUUAUGUGUAUGUAAAAUACAAAACAAGUGAAACUCCAAAGAUCGAUAACAUUUUUAUUUAUCUACGUUUGGACUAUAUUUCAGUGAUGAUGAUGAGGACUGAAAUAUAGUUGAAACGUAGAUAAAUAAAAAUAUUAUUGAUCUUUGGAGUUUCACUUGUUUUGUAUUUUGUUAAAAUACUCAGUGGUUCGAAAAAUUUAUGUGUAUGUGAGAAUUGAGUUUCAGUUCAUUUCGUGCCUUUCUUAAACAUUGAUUGUUUUUUUGCAUAUCUCCCCAAUGAUAAUUUUUUCUCGACCAUUCGAUCACGUCUUCGACCUAUUAACUUCUUGUCGUAGGUUUAAAAGGUAUGGAAGACCAACUGUUCCAAGCAAAACGAGCACUCGAAGAUCGAGCCAAAGCUGCGACGCGUCUUGAAGGUCGUUUGGGGAAGGUUGAUUCGGAAUUAAAUCGAUAUCGAGAACGAUAUGGGAACCUGGACAGGCAGAAUAAAAGCAAAAGACUUUCUGAGAAGUCACGAAGUUCGAGAAGUCGGAGUUUGAGCCCUAGGGGAAGAGAAAGAUUGCAAAGCGAACAGGUAUGUAGUUGUAGGUUCCCGAGGUGUUCAAAACAUGCCAGAAUAAACAUAAGGGAAAGGUCAUUUUUUAUGGCGGGGGUAGCCUGCGUAGCAGGCGCUAUUUAGGGGGGAGGGCGAGGGUGGGAAAAGCUAGGAGGGGAGCUAUGGCGGGGGGGGGGGGGGUUGACACCGAAGGGAAAUGUUUUUCCUGGUAAAAAUGUUUUUACCCAACCUCAAAUAUGAUGCAAUUAAAAAUAAAUAUCCACCUCUGGCGUGGCUAAAAACGUUACAAAAGUAUAAUGAGUUUAAAGGUCCAGACACAUCGGACGCGAUUCGACAACGCGACGCGAUUUUUUAGUUUUUGAAAGUUAAUAAAUCAGCCAAUGAGAGCAAAUUUUGAAAGAUAUGUAGACCAAAUAACUCGAAAUGCAUGUUAUAGCGCUUCUAAAUAUUUGGAAAAUUCAAACUAGGAUCAAAGUUAUCGGUCAGUAAAUAUCGAAAAAUCGCGUCGCGUUGUCGAAUCGCGUGAAGAUAGUGACUCUGAUUGAUUUACAUAUUGUAUUGACAUAUGAUUAUUGACAUAUUGACAUUGCUUUUUAGUGUUCAAUAUUUGAGUGAGUCAUGCUUUGGAAAUGACAAUAAAUUUUUAUUACCCAGCCCUUGAGUUGUUUUGUUUUUCAUUUACCCAACCUUUUACUCGCUCAAAAUUUUGUUUACCCAACCCUUUUCUCUUCGGUGCUAGCCCUCGCCAUAAAUGACUGGCCCCUUAACAGCAUGCAUGGUUAUAUCAUGCAGGGAUCAGACGCCUUUAAGGGGGUCGUUUCUGAAGAGUUUUCAUUUUUCAAACAGGAAUACAGCGAAAACCAAAUCACAAUGCUACAACAACGGGAAACCAAGCUCCUGGGAGAUCGACGUCAGUUGGAAAAAAGCGUCAACAUUUUGACCAAUAAGAUUGCAGAACUCGAAGACAUGUUGCAAAAACCCCGAUCGGAGAAACAACCCACUCAUGAGCGAGGCAGCCAAACUGAUUUGGGGGCUGGGAGCCAGCUUACAUCGACAAUGAUCCAGGGAUCGCAUCAAGGUACUCUGGAGAAUCACGAUUCAACGGCAAAGGCCGAAUUAUCUUUUAGUGGAGCUCGGCUCCUCAAUAGAUCUUUCCCCUUUUGAGUGAAAUUUGAUCUAGACAAGUCUGGACAAAAAUUUCAUCACAGCUUGAAAGAGCAUCACAAAAUUAGUUAUAUUCCAAAGUUUCGUUGCGAAAUGUUGUAAAAUGCGGAUAAUAUAGCCUUGCGAAGUUGAUAAUCAGUUUGAUCAUCUGAUCAUAGGCGUACCGGGCGGGGGGGGGCGGUAGCCCCCCCAGUUUUUUGGGCAGUCGGGCAAUAUUCGAUCAACAGUCGGGCAAUUUUGGUUUGAAAAAAAAAUAAUGGGACAAAUUCAGUCAAUUUUAUCUAAAAUUAAGUCAAUUUUUUCGCAAAUUGUGUGAUUUUUCGAAAAUUUGUGUCAUGUUCCGAAAAAUAUAGGUUGUCCGGAAAAUUUUUUUGAUCCCUAAAAUGGUACACAGACCGAAAUUUUUUUGGCGACGGGGGGGGGGGGAGGAAGGUCGCCAAAAUAAUUUUUCCGGAAAAAAUUUUUUGGUACUAGUCGGGCAAUUUUUGAAAAGUCGGGCAAUUUUCUUUCCGCCCCCCUAAUUUUUUCCUUCCGGUACGCCCAUGCAUCUGAUUAUCAAUUUCCCGUUUGUAAUGCAAAAUGACUGAUAAACGGCAAACUUCGCAAGGCUAUAUUACCACAUUUUACAACAUUUCACAACGAAACUUCGGAAUACUAAUUUUGUGAUGCAUUUUCAAGCUGUGAUGAAAUUUUUGUCCAGGCAUAUCAAGAUCAAAAUUUCACUCAAAAGGGGAAAGGUCUAUCCAUUGCCGGUCGAAUUGAAAGAUAUUACAAAUAUUUCCUUAACUUCCUUUAAAAAUAAAUUUAAAAAAUUCUUGGUUGACUUCAACGAUAAAGUUGAGCACGUCAAUAGAUUUAGUUGUGGUAAUUGUAAGCAUAUAGUUGAUUGUGGCUGCAUCGCUUAUCCAUCGUAAGCUGUUUAGGACGAUGCAGCAUCAAGCAAUGGACCUUUCACCUUUUGACUAAAAUUUAGAUCUCAACAAGUCUAGACAAAAAUUUUAUCACAGCUUGAAAGAGCAUCACAAAAUUAGUAAUAUUCCAAAGUUUCAUUGCGAAAUGUUGUAAAAUGCGGAUAAUAUAGCCUUGCGAAGUUUGCCAUUUUCAGUCAUUUUGUAUUACGCGCGGGAAAUACAUACCUCCUUCGAAAAAAGGGUAUGUAUUUCCCGUUUGUAAUACAAAAUGACUGAAAAUUGCAAACUUCGCAAGGCUAUAUUAUCCGCAUUUUACAACAUUUCGCAACGAAACUUCGGAAUAUUACUAAUUUUGUGAUGCUCUUUCAAGCUGUGAUAAAAUUUUUGUCUAGACUUUUUGAAAUCUAAAUUUUAGUCAAAAGGUGAAAGGUCCAUUCUUAAUCGGUGAUUCCAGCUUUUGACGAAAUUUUGAUCUCAACAAGAAGAACGAAAACCAUUACCAUAGCUGGAAAGAGCAUCUUCAAAAGAGCAGAAUUGCAAAGUUUGGUUGCGAAUUGUUGUAAAAUGAGGAAAAUAUAGCCCUGUGAAGUUCGCAUAAAUAUUUGCAUUAUCCGCGGGAACAUUAACCAUUUUAGAACCGAAAGUGGUUAUUUUUACCGUGCGUAAUACAAAUAUAUACAAAAUUUGCGAACUUCACAGGACUAUAUUUUCUUCAUUUUACAACAUUUAGCAACCAAUCUUUGCAGUUUUACUCAUUAUAAGACGCUCUUUCUAGCUGUGGUGUUGGAUUUGGUUCUUCUUGCCUUGAUCAAAAUUUAGUCUAUAGCUGAAUCGCCCAUUGAUUAGAGGACCAUUACGUAGAACACUGUCGUCCUUCCUGCUGUAAUAAAUGUAUAAAUACCCUCUCAAAAUAAAGUUUUUAUUAUUAUUAGAGAUGCAAGGAAUGUCUGGCGAAUGCCAUGCAUAAAUAUUUCAUAAAAAACUUCCUAUUUCUUUUUCUACCAGGUGAUACUGUGAGGAAAUGUAGGGGUAUCGUCCAGUCGUUGGGAAAGUUUUUUGAAGAAUUGAUUCAAAAUAACCAAGAUACCACAGCUGGCGGGAGCAAGAGUCGGAGAACCACGAUCGCUGCCCGAAGAGCUAGCGAACUGCUUCACGAACUUUCCAUGUCGAUGGAUCACGCGCUCAGCACGAAGUGCCACGAGCCGACUCGUGUCGACCGUUCCACGAGGACUACGAGCCCCGUCCGGCGAAGUACGGCAGUGAAUACCGAAGCAAGCACGACGCUUUGGGAUAAACUGUGUGAUGAGAUGGCACAACACGAGUUCACAUUCGAUCCACUAUCACCCCCACCACAAACUGAGGGACUUUCAGGGGUAACAGAUGAUAAACAACGGGAGAUAAGGCGCGCAGAAAGAGGAUUGCAGAGGACAUAUCAAGAAAACGGUCAGUACACUUCGCUUAUAGCCAAAUAGAUCGUCUACACACCUCACAAACGCACAAGUUGUAACAAACCUGCAGCAGACUUAUAUCAAUGCUGUUCCAACAACUUGUCAACAGGAUGUGUUCGCACUGCUUGUUCCCAGCUUGUUGACAACUUGUACACGGCUUGUCGGCAACUUGCUGCAAGGUUGUUGAGCUCAAAAGACUUGUUACAAGUUGUUCUAACAACUUGUUAUCGUCUUGCAAUUCAACAAGUUGUGAGUGACAACCUUGUAGCAACUUGUUGAACGAGAAAAGCGCCGUGGGUUAAAAUUGAACACUCGCAUUCGCUCCUUCAGGCGAAGCAAGUGGCGAAAAAGUUGACAAGCAAAGUUUAACCAAAGAAGACGCAACCAAAAUGAUGAACGUCAGUAGGAAACAGACCGAGUCUGUCAUGACAGAACUUCUAAGAAAG